AUGUCGUCGACCCUCAGAAGCAUGCUUGCGGACUCGAUGGCCGUCUUGGCGCUCUGCUGCUUGAUGACCUCUGGUUCCCAAAUGCCGUACUCGUUCAUGUCCACGAUCUUGCCGCUUUCGCCGUCAAUACCCCAGGUGUGUUCUCCAAUAGCGUGUUUGGCUCUGAGCUGCGACAACACCCUGAUCGGGUUGCCUCCGCAGUUCUGCACCAGCGUUCUUGGAAUCACCUCGAACGCGUCGGCCACAGCCUGGUACGGCCAUUGUUGCACGCCCUCGAUCUUCUUGGCUCUCUCGGCCAAACCAACACUGACAGCCAUCUCGGUAGCACCUCCACCAGGGGCCAGCGACGGCUCGAAAAACACGUUUCUAGUCACCGCCAUGGCGUCCUGCAGGUUUCUGUCGAUCUCGUUCAAAACGUCCUUGGACGGUCCGCGCAACAGCACGGUACAUGCUCCUGGGUCUUUACAUUUCACCAGGAACGUGAAGUACUCGUCUCCAAUCAGUUUCACCUCGAACAGACCGCACUUGGUGCCCACGUCCGACUCCUUCAGGUCCUCCACGCGGUUCACGAUGGUGGCGCCUGUGGAUCUGGAGAUUCUGUUAUUAUCACUCUUUUUCACUCUUCUCAACACCGAGCAGCCUCCCUUGAGCAAGUAG